AUGAGACCCAAGAGCGACCACCUCGCCAUGUCCCCGACUGGAUACACGUCUCGCAGCCUAAAGUCUCCCAGUAUCUCAGUGACAACCUCGCAAAACGCGAAGCUCAACCUCGAGGCAGCACCACUUGAUGAUAAGCGGCUGACAGCUUCGCCUCGUCCCCCUUUCAAUCUGCUGUGGUCGACGUGCAUUUCUUCGCCUUUUGAUGGCCGCGUCGUCCAGUCAUCCGUUUCAGCCGCGUCUCGCCCAGCCGUAGCGCACGUAUCUCACGCGUCCCGUCACAUCGCGGCAAAGCAGCCCAUUCAUCCAACUGCCUCAACUUCAUUCUCGCGUCGAGCCUGA